AGACGUCGGAGGUGGGAGCUGUGCGCAUGCGGGGAUGGGGUAACGACACGAGAUUCUCACCCGUGGUAUCUAUCUCACUCUUAGGAAACUUUGUCGGAAAGACACGCACUAAUGAAAGGAAACCAAUGACGACUUCGAGUCUAAGAGAAGCUGGAUGUGACCGAGCAGAAUUUGAAUGCGGGAAAGAGAAGGUAUGACUGAGGGCAUUUAGAGCCAUAACUGUGACACAGCCGCCUGAUGUCAAAGCUUUGAAUGUUCCUGUAGAGAGUAGAAGUGACGAAGACUGAAUAAAGCUGUCAGUGUGGAGGAUUGCUGCAGGCUGCAAAACUACUUCUGGGAAGCAGAGUGGGGGUCACUCAUCGAGAGGGAGAGGACUCAAGCCCUUUUACGUAAAGGAUUCUUGCGCAGGAGGGAGCACCUCUGGGAUUGGAAGGAAGCUGGCAGGAUGGUUGCUGUGUGGCUGCCUGCAGAGGGAGCCUGGCAGGCUGUUCUGCUGGUGGCUGGACUUGCAUCUCUGAGCAGUGGAUCUGACGCCAACCUGUUGGACACCAUGUUACAGAGGAGAGUUUGGAAGGUGGGAUCAGACCGGCCGGCGGAGGAGAGCAGCAGCAUAUCCACAGUGUUAGCUAAGAAAAUGCUACUGUGCAAGUGCUACCCUCAGUGCCCUGACGGAUCUGUCAACAAUACCUGCAUGACUGAUGGUGUCUGCUUCACCAUGGUUACAAAAGAGGAGGGCGGCCAUUUUGUGCACAACGCAGGUUGUUUGCCAUUGGUUGGAUCUGACUUUCAGUGCAGAGAUACACGCUCCUGGAGGACUCUCAAUUGUUGCACGAAUCAGGACUACUGCAACAGUCACCUAUAUCCAACGCUUCCUCCACUCGUCACAUCAGAAUAUGUGGACAGCAGCAUCCACUACAGAGUGAUGUUUAUUUCAGUGACAGUUUGCAGCAUGUUGUGUGUCAUUCUUGUCUUCUUCUACUUCAGAUAUAAGCAACAGACAUCACGACCGCCCUACAGUAUCGAUCUUGAGCAGAAUGAGACCUACAUUCCUCCCGGAGAGACUCUGAACGACCUGAUAGAGCAUUCCCGCAGCGCCGGCUCCGGGUCCGGAUCAGGACUCCCUCUACUGGUUCAGCGGACCAUCGCCAAGCAGAUUCAUAUGGUUGUACAGAUCGGAAAAGGCAGAUAUGGAGAAGUCUGGAUGGGGAAAUGGAGAGGAGAGAGAGUGGCUGUCAAAGUCUUUUUUACAACCGAGGAGGAGAGCUGGUUCAGAGAAACAGAAAUCUAUCAGACCUUCCUGAUGAGGCAUGACAACAUACUGGGUAGGUCAUCAGAAGCCAGAGGUUUUGCUUCUGGUGUUAAAUCGCUUGUUUUAUUUCUUCCGCCCCUCAUUCCUCCUGUCUUGUCUGCAGGAUUCAUCGCAUCCGACAUUAAAGGAACUGGCUCGUGGACUCAGCUCUACCUGAUUACAGACUACCAUGAGAACGGAUCCCUGUACGACUACCUCCAGUCCAACACCUUAGACAUCAGGGCUCUUUUGAAACUGGCAUAUUCCUCCAUCUCAGGCCUCUGCCACCUGCACACAGAGAUCUACGGCACACAGGGAAAACCUGCUAUAGCGCACCGAGACCUAAAGAGCAAAAACAUCCUGGUAAAAAAGAACGGUUUUUGCUGUAUAGCUGAUCUCGGGCUUGCUGUCAAGUUUAACAGUGACACCAAUGAGGUAGACAUCCCUCCUAACCUACGGGUUGGGACCAAGCGCUACAUGCCACCUGAAGUGCUGGACGAGAGCCUGAACAGGACCACCUUCCAGUCCUUCAUUAUGGCUGAUAUAUACAGUUUUGGCCUCAUUCUUUGGGAGCUGGCACGCCGUUGCACCUCUGGAGGUGUUGUUGAAGAGUACCAGCUCCCCUAUCAUGACCUUGUGCCAGCCGACCCUUCAUAUGAAGAUAUGAGGGAGGUUGUCUGCAUUAAGAAGAAAAGACCUUCGAUUCCAAACCUUGGGAGCAACAAUGAGUGUUUACGGCAGAUUGGGAAGCUGAUGUCAGAAUGCUGGGCACACAACCCAGCCUGUCGCCUCACGGCCCUCCGGGUGAAGAAGAGCCUGGCAAAGAUGUUAGAGUCCCAAGACAUCAAGCUGUGAUGUAGAGUAGAAAGAGAGAGAGAUAGCCUCUCUUCUCACCUGCAGACUUGUCACUGCCACUGUCACAAGCCUCUUAAACUGACCAAUGGAAGAAAGGCAAAAUAAGAGACUGUGAAUGAUCGGACGAAGAACACUGGCAAAGAGGAAGUGCGAAAAUGACCGCUUUGGAGCCAGGAAGAAUGUCAAGGAAAAGAUUUAGCAGAAGUUUGUCCUCAGACAAAGAGUUCAGGUUGUACUUUCUGUGAAAGCAUAGUGUUUGCCUGACCAAAGACUCUCCACGUGGGGAGCGGCCCUGCAGGAGGGCGCAGAAACCCCUCUGAGCAGGUUCUAAUAAAGGAAACUACGUCAAUGCCAUUCCUAACGCCAUACAGCAGUAUUGCUAUUUCAUUUCAUUUAUUGAUUUAUCUAGUGUUUUAAAACAACCAACUAAAGUGACCAUAGCCCUUAACAGUAAGAUCACAAAAUCACAGUGAAAAUCACAAAACAUAAAAAACAUGCAACCAAAAAGCAGACAACAGGAAAAUAAUAAUCAUAACUUAAAUGCCACUAUGCUACUUGGUAUUAAAAGCCUGCCUGAAAAAAUAAGUGGUGGAGCGAAGGUCUAGGGCGUUGGUUCCAAAGUCGGGGUGCUGCCACUGAAAAUGCCCGGUCACCCUAAUUCUUAAGCCUCGUCCUUGGAAUGACCUUGGAGAUUAGCCCUGUACAGAAAGAUGUAAAAGUUCAGAUAAUUAAGGUGGAGCCAGACCGUUAAGAGCUAGGAAAUAAAGGCUUAAAAUCAAUUCUUAAAUCGACAAGAAGCCAGUGUAAAGAGGAUAGGACAUGGUUGAGGUGCUCACUUCUAGAGGUGUUGGUUAAAAGACCGCAACUGUGUUCUGGACAAGUUGAAGACGUUUAAGGAAAGACUAAGAGACACUUGUAAAGUAUGUUACAAUAGUCGAGUCUAGAGCUAAUAAAAUCAUAAAUGGCCUUCUCCAACUCAGGGCAAAUUUAAAAAGCUUUAACUUUGACCAGAAACUACAGAUAAUAAAAACUUGGUUUGAUCACAGAGUUGAUUUGUUCAUUGAAUUUAAACUCCUGAUCAAAUAAUACCCCUAAGUUUCUAACAGUGUUAUUAAAUUGGUAUUGCCACCAAACAAAAUACAUUUGGUCUUUCAUUCCUUUAGGAAUAGAGUUUUUCCUUGGCCACUGUUUGACAGCAGUUGUGCAGUCUGAGCAGCAUUUUGUGUUGUCACAACUGCCUUUGUAUGUUUGAGUGAUUUUUAUUUUCAUGAUUUUCAUGAGACUCAUUGCAUGAAGAGUCCAUAUUCAACAUGAUUGCAUUUUCAUCCAAAUAAUUCAAAGUCCAGGGACCUCAUUGUCAAAGAUGAAUUAUUGUUAUUAAUAUUAUUGUUAUUAUUAUCAGAGAAAGACUACAAUAUUUCCUGCAGAACUGAUGAAUAUAUAUAUAUAUAUAUAUAUAUAUAUAUAUAUAUAGUAAUUUUGUUUCUCGUAAUGUAUUUUAAGUUUAUUUUGCUGCAAAAUUAAAGAGCUUCUGAGGUUUCUGA